AUGCUCGAAGGGGCUUGCGGACAAAGGCCUAUAAAGGUACAGGGAUUUGAUUAUACAAUUCUGGUUCAGUGGGUUCUGGAGAAAUGGCAAGGAGGAGCAAUCCUUGAGGCAAGUGAUCCCAGAUUGGGAGUAUCCAGGCCUAGCAUGAGGCAAGUGAUGCAAUAUUUGGAUGGAGAUGCCAUCUUGCCGGAAGUAUUUAUGGAUGCCGCAGGUGUUGGCAUGGCUGCAUUAGUUGGGAAUGAAAUGUCAAAUGAAUUUGCAAUGACAUUUCCUUCAUCAUCGUCGGAGAAUAUUUCUUCUAGUGCCCUAUCUGGUACAGAAUCACUCCUUUAUGUGGGACGUUAG